ACCUGCCAUUCGCGCGCCGUCUCCCGGCAACGGGAGCGCGCGCCGCCAGCGCACAAUUCCCGCCAGCGCAUAAUGCACGCCCGCCUCUAGCCCCGGCGCGCUAGCGCAGGCAGGCAGUCUGGAGGAGAGAGCCGCGGAAGCCGCUCGCCCGCCAGACAGAGAUCGCUCGUAGCUUCAAAUGGGAGGAGUUUUGAGCAAGCUCCGCUCCCCGCAGCCCGCCCCCAAUCCGGAAGCAAGGAGACGGCGCCCACCCGCGCGCCGGGCCUUCCUCGCAAGCCACCCCCGCCCCACAAGCCCCGCCCCGCCUUCCCCCUGGGCCCGCCGAGAUCCCAUUCAGCCCUCAGUCCCCAGUCGUUUCGUCGGGUCCCGUCGGAGGCCUUCCCACCGGGUCUGUAGGACUUCACCACACCACUUUGGCAUAACACGUCCAAGACGAUACCCAGUCCAGCAGGGCCGGUAUUCCUGUGUGCUUCCCACGCUGUGCCGGAAUGGCGGUCACAGGAAGCGUGUGCUGUCUCGCGGUCAUUCCAGAGUGGUGUGCAGGCCUUCGACAGCCCCAGACUCGUGGUCAAAGGAGGCUGUUCUGCUGGCCCUCGAAUGUUGGAAGAGGAAGAAAAGGACAGUGGAGGAGGAGGAAGACCAAACAUCUGCUGCUGGUCAGGAGGAGAAAAGAAGGUGCCAUGACAGCAGUGGGAGUGGCCAUUCAGCUUUGAAGCCCGAGGUGGCCAAUGGAGUCCCUGCUGCUUUUGUGCCUGAGCCUGGGCCUCUGAAGAGAGACCUCAGUUCCCAGAGCUCAGAUGGUGAACUGCAUAAGAGACCCUGCUCCUCUGCUGUGAGCUGCUCGAAGGGCACGUGCGCAUGUGGCAUCCGUAUGUCCAGCCGCAAUGCCAUUACCAGUUCCUACACUUCUACUGGAGGCAUCUCUCAGCUCUGGAAGAGGCGUCCCAGUGCCUCACCCUUCUCCAGCCCAGCCUCCUCCUGCUCACAGACACCAGAGUGUCCAGAAAAGAAGAUGAGAGAAGAGGACGGUCCUCAGGGAUCUGGCUCUUCCGCUCCGCCGGUAAACAAGGAGUCCCAGGGAGAACAGACCACCACCUCGGACUUUGGAGCUACGACCCAGACCAACAGCAGCGGUGGCAGCACAACCUCAUCACACGUCACAUCUGGGGUGUCAGCAGGCCCCGCUGCCAGUGGGGACUUUGGGAUGAGCAUGUCAGCCCCCCACAGCAGCUCCACCACUAGUGCAUUCAACUUUGUGGCAGGACGGAGUGGGAGAACUGGUGGCACGGCCCAUUUCUGGGGAUGCCUGAGUGAGAACUCCCUUGGUGCUGGCCAGAGCACACUGUUUGCCAUCUACGUGGCCAGCACACCUCAGAACACGUCUGUGCUUGCAGCCAUCACCUCCAGCUUUGGAGCUGUGACCCAACACACCAGCUGUGGGACCAGUACAUCCGGGUUUGGCAACACCAUCUCAGCGCCCUUCACAUCUAUGGUGUCAGCAGGCCCCACUGGCAGUGGGGGCUUUGGGACAGGCAUGCCUGCCCCCCACAGCAGCCCUACCACCGGGGCACUUGGCGUUGGGUCAGUGCAGAGUGGGAGAACUGGUCCCAAGAACUCCUUUUGGGGAGCCUUAAAACCGAGCUCCCUGGGUGCAGCU